GCCCCAGGGGCCAGGGCUACAGCUCCGUCGCCAAGCUGAGCUGUGGAGCUUCGUGGGCACUAGGCCAGGCCUGCCCUGGGCCUUGAUUUUCCUGGUUAACUUCGCCUCGGAUUCAAGUCUGUAUAAAGAGAACCAGUCGAACGAUGACUUGUUUCCUGUGAUUAUCUUCCACUGUAAACACAUCCACCGUAGAACCUGCGAAUUCAACAGGAUUGAAAAGGAGACAAGAGAGAGGAGUGACAAUGUCUGGUAGGCGGCUCGCCCCGAUUCUGCAAAGAUGCCUCUCGACCGCACUCGCAUCCGAAGCGACAUCAGCCCAGCCCUUCUGCAUCCAUCAACAGAGACUGGUGCGAAAGACUUCAUGUUCAAACUCCAUGCAUUUACCACACAGAAAGUUCACAAGAGCCUCCACACUAUGCAAAGCAAAGUCCACCGACCAACAGCAGAAGGCAGUCCUGCACCAACUUGAACUGCCGGAUUUUGGACUAGACCUGAAAUUCAAAGGACUGGAAACAGACUUUCCCUGCCUGUCAAAAACACCUGAUUCUGGUCCAGAUCCUGCUUACGAAAAGAUAGUCUCGGGCUACCAGAACUUUCAUUACAAUGAGCCCUAUGCCCUGAAAUACAAUGGCUGUGUGCUUCCGGAGCUGAAUAUUGCCUACGAGACUUGGGGAAAGCCUAACAGGGACAUGAGCAACGUGGUUUUAGUGUUCACCGGCCUUUCAAGUAGCUCUCAUGCCAGAAGUCACCCGUUAAAUACAGCCCCAGGAUGGUGGGAGAAGUUCAUUGGACCUGGGUGCGCCAUAGACACAGACAAAUACUUUGUCAUCUGUGGCAAUCAUAUAGGGGGCUGCUAUGGUACUACGGGACCUUCAUCAACUAAUCCCAUCACCGGACAGCCUUACGGCACAACCUUUCCUAUUAUUAGCGUUGAGGAUAUGGUGAAAGUACAGUAUCUUCUCCUUGAUCACUUGGGGAUAGAGAAGGUCCACGCUGUUGUAGGUGCUUCGCUUGGAGGUAUGUGUUCCAUCAUGGCUGGUGCUCUUUACCCUCAAAGAAUAGGACGGGUUAUUUCAAUAUCAGGCUGCGUUCAGACGUACACCAGUUCCAUCGCUCUACGCUUCCUCCAGAGAAGGGCGAUUAUGACCGAUCCAAACUGGCAGAGAGGACACUACUAUGGCACGUCAUACCCCAAGAUGGGAAUGAAGCUCGCAAGGGAGAUUGCUACCAUCACAUACCGGAGCGGACCUGAAUGGAAGAAGAGAUUUGGUAGGAAGUUGAUUGACCCCGCCGAACCCCCGUCACUCUGCCCAUCCUUCGAAAUCGAGGAAUACAUCAUGCACCAGGGAGAAACUUUCAGUACCAAAUACGACCCCAACUCACUACUCUAUAUUUCAAAGGCAAUGGACAUGUUUGACAUGGGGGAGGGGUUCAGCUCCCUUCAGGAAGGUGUAUCAAGGGUUCAGUGCCCUGUCAUGGUGCUCGGUGUGCAGACGGACAUCCUCAUCCCCAUCUGGCAGCAGAGGGAGAUGGCUGAUCUCCUCAAGGCUUCAGGCAACGAGGCAGUGAGCUUCUACGAACUCAAUUCAAUAUUUGGGCAUGAUACGUUUCUCCUUGACCUCAGCAGCGUUGGUGGUGCUAUCAAGGGACAAUUGGAGACGGAUUUGAAAGAAAAUGGCCUGGUGCGGAAGCCGCCCCCCAGCAGGAACAAGGAAUAGAAGAUCCACCAGAUAUCGAGACAAAUGUUCGAUCAGCCUUUCAAAGACGUCGGUCAGAUGACCUCUUUUGCUCUCAAUUGGAGAGUGUUCUGUCAAAAUUCAUCAUCUGACAAGCAGGGGGCUCAUGGCGAAUUCCCCCGAAACACUAAAAAAAGCCCUUGAAAAUAAUGGGGAUAAUCCCCAUGCACGGCAAUGUUAAAGCUCAUCAAAUGUUGCAAGUUCCAGUGCAUACAGUUUCUUAAGGAAUUACUUUCUGCCGUUACCCAUGUACCUCACUCGGGUUGAGUGCAGCACAUUAUUGAUAAUUCCUUGCUGAAGGAAAUCACGCCAUGGCUGGGAUUCAAACCCACGACCCUCUGUUUCAGAGUCUGGAGACCAAUCCACUGGGUCAAAACGCUCCACAGCAUUACAGAGUAACUGGAUUUUCUCA